GCAAACAAAACGUGCUUCUUCUUUUUUGCAGUCGCAUAAGAAAACAAAGCUAAAUUAUCAUUGCAGGAAGUUAACAAGUCGCUGCUGCUUCUGUCAUGUGUCGGUCACUCUCUAUUCUUUAGAGCAUCGACUUCCUAUCCACCAUUACUCUUGCCUUCCCUUCUCCUUGCUGCUUCUGCGGUUAACAUCUCAACCUAGUUGAACCUGCAGCUGUGUUUCUUCUGCGAAAGCCACUCACUGAGAAGAGGAUCAUGAUGAUGGGAGGAGGGGGGAGUAUAUAUCCGUUCACACUAUCCCAAUGGCAAGAAUUGGAGCUCCAAGCCCUUGUCUUCAGGUACAUGGCAUCAGGUAUUCCCGUACCCUCUGAUCUCGUCGUUUGCAUCAGGAGAAGACUCUUCGUUGAUCCUCAAACUCUGCCCUUCCUCCCUAAUCCUCCUGCAAUUGGAUGGGGAGCGUAUCAGAUGGAUACUGGUGCAAGAAAAGCAAUGGAUGCAGAGCCUGGGAGGUGCAAGAGAACUGAUGGGAAAAAGUGGAGAUGCUCCAAGGAGGCCUAUCCUGAUUCCAAGUAUUGCGAGAGGCACAUGCACAGGGGUAAAAGCCGUUCAAGAAAGCCUGUGGAAUUGUCUUUGGCCACCAGCCCAGUCUCCUCCCACUGUUCAUCAAACUUCUCACGGUCAGCAUUUCCCUUCUCAUGUUCCUCCUCUGCAAGGCCUCCUGCCGAGGGUUACUCGCGCCAUAAGGAUUCCACCAAUUUGAGCUUGGACUCUCUGCCCCUCUCGACUGAUAAUUUCAGGGGUGGAAGGGAGACGCCAAGCAGAGCACAGAUUCGGAGCAGCAUUCAAAACACGGAUUCCCUCUCCAGAAUUCUUGUUUCCGAGGAAGAGAUGGAUCGUAGGACAGAUAGUCCUGCUAAGUUGGAGGAGGAACAACCGAGGCCAUUCCACUGUUUUCUCGACGAGAAGCCUCCCAUGAACGAAGAUCCUUGGACGAGCAUGAAUUUGGACUCGAAGACACGACUGUCUAUCUCCCUUCCCGUGGCAAAUCAUGGCAUGCCAAUGAUUGCUUCCCAAUGUUACAAUGAGCAGAUGGUUGAUUUCUGAUGACCGCAAGUGUGUUCAGUGUUUCCGCCCUUCACUGUCAUAUCCUAUCUUUGAUCCUCCAGCUUUGUCUUGUUAAUUUUACUUGUAUUUGAGCAAUGGCAUUCUAGUGAAGAGGUUGCUUUCUGUUUAAUAAAUUGGACUCGUCUCUAGUUAUCCAAUAA